AUGGGGGCUACCCAGAAAGGCCAUCAUUAUGUGAGACUUCACGCUAAAUGGGCCAACGGUCGCGAGAGACCAACGGUACAGGAAGCAGAAGCACGCAUCCACGAAAUCUACGACUCCGGCAAGGCAUUCUUUACAAAAAAGGCCAUCAGCAAUCUUUGGGCGCAGUGCCAACGCAACCCCCAACACGGCGACAAACUCACCACCACAGAUCUGAACGGCGACGAUGUCGAAAUCGAGACUCAGACCGGGCGAGUUAAAGAAUUUCUCAACGAAAAGGACGUGAAAGGGGCAUAUGUAUACAAAGAACUCGAGCUAAGUUACGUACCGCGAGCAUUAAUGCUCAGCCACCUCAGAUGGAGCGAAUAUGUAAACGAACAGAUCUACUGCUCUCUGGGCGUCGACCAGCGGACACAUCUCAUUGACAUAGAGACAAAGGAGAUGCUCCCUCCAUACCCGACCCUCGAGCCGGAGAUUGUAGCGCAACAUUUCGAAACAUGCAUGCAAGAGUGGAAAGAUAGUCAGACAUGUACCGACGUGCAGAAGUUGUUGUCGUCGUUUGCAAAAGAUCAUCGGAUCAACAAGAUUGUCGGGUUUGCUCUUGGUUCGAUGUCCUACAUAAAUCAAGGUCGGGGCGAUAAAGAACCUUACUACUGCAAGCGGAGUGCAUCGCAGCAUGCACUCCAACUCACUAUCAAGGAAUGGUUGCAUGGACGAGAUGGGGGAACGGCUGGGGGUAUCGCGUCUUACGUGCAGGAUCCAUGGUAUACUACGAUCGAUAAGGAGAUAUUGCACAACGCUGGACUCGAGGUAAUUGAUGAUCCGCGUGGUUGGCUGGAGGUGGAUGAGCAGUCUGUUGUGCUUUCCAUUGCGCCUAAUGUGGCUACCAAGGAGAUCAUUGCGGAUCUUGCUCGGCCGGCAAUUGUCAUUUGGUGUCGUGUCACCGAUCUGAAUCAUAUCACUAAGGAGGAGGGGAGCGUGACUGAUCCUGACUCGCCUCGGGUGAGGAAAAUGCUCGAGGGGUAUGAUAUUCACGAGUUUGGGCCGGAUACGACGCUAUUCUCGGACAUUGCGGUUUAUAUUCGGAAGUCGGCGGUUUGUGACAGUUUCAGUUAA